AUGGGUAGACCAGAUACCUUAGGAGCAGAUCUAUAUCAUAACCGGCGAUUUCCGCGUAUCGGUAACGGUCAGAACGAGACCGUGACGGAUUCUGAGAUGUCUGAACAUCCUUGUUGCGCCAUAAUCGAGCAUAUGGUGCAUUUCUCCAAGAUCACAAGAAACAUCUGUCUCAGCAUCUACCUGCCCGAGACGACGAUGCCGAUGAUAGUAGCGAUGGCUGGCCAGAUCGAACGGGACCUGGAGGCGUGGACACAGAAGCUUCCUGAGGCUAUACGGCCAAUGGGGCCAUCAACUCAGGUACCGUCUUUGAGAGGGGUCAGGGAUGUUCAGUGGGUGAAACGACAGAGACUGGUGCUGAACCUGCGAUAUCAUAACCUGAGAAUACUCCUCUUCGGAUCCUUCCUCUUGAGGUCAACGGCACAGGAGAGGGCGACCAUGAGUGAUACCAAAACCGGCAUCCAAAAGUGCCUUGAAUCAGCAAAGGAAACGAUCGAAACCAUCUAUCAGACCUACCAGCACAGCGAUUACUUCCGAACAUGGUUCUACAACACGACAUAUACUGUUUUCGCCGCGAGUAUAAUACUACUGUACAUGACCCAAGAAGCAGUCGAGAGCGAGAUACAGCCACUACUUCGACUAGUCGAUAUGGCGAUCGAGAUUCUCAUGAUCAUGGAUGAGUGCGUUGUUGCGCUACAAGCGGCAAAGCUACUACAAGGAGCGCGGGAAAAGGCUACACAGAAAUCACCACCCCAAACCGUGUCAGCUGCGAAUCCAGGGACUUCUUGGCCUGAUGGAAUAGUGCACCUAAAUCACUACUGGGGGCCACUGAAUCUGCUUGAUGGGGAUUUGGAUCAGAGCCUCGAUAUGUCGUUGAUAGACUUUAAUGCUGCGAGCCUGUUUAUGUCGAUGCCUCAUUAA